AAAAGUCAAAUAAAAAGUUUGACUUUUUCAUGCUUUUAUAAAAAAAAAAGAAGCAAACUUUUUGGUCUGAGAAUCAUAAAUUCGAGAAAAGUAUCAAACUUUGUGACGAUUGAGCUAAGAUGGAGACACUGAGAGAUUGUAUGGAGGAAAUGGUGAAGUUCACACUUACUCACCGUGUAGAUUUCGAUUUAGAGCUCACCGGAGCUUUCUGCUCCGGCCUUCUUUCCGGCGACUCGCUUCCGGCCGGUGAUGAGACUGUAGAAGCAUUUGCAGGUGUUCCUGAGUAUCCUCUGUACAAGCCUCUAGCUUUAAACCUGCUGAAGUCAAUUGCUUCUGGUUGUUUCUGUGGGGGUUUUGAGAAGGUUUCGCUGGGGAAAGAGGUGAUCUGGUUGAAGGAGAAAGAGGAGGAGUGGAGGAAGAUGAUAAUCCAAAAGGGUUCUGAGUUAGUCAACGCCUUGAAGUAUGUAGCUUGUGAGCUUCAAGUUCAAGAGCCCUUAUUCUCCCUCAUGAAAGAUGGUGUCAAAACAGUUGAGGCAAGGUGUUUUGAAGCGGAGUAUGAUAGACUUCAACAAAGAGGCUCUCUGGUUAUGAUAAAUAAAUCUCUCAUGUUUGAAGUUAUGGAAAUGCACAAAUAUUCAUCAUUUAAUGAGCUGUUAAAAGCCGAGAGUCCAGAGAAAGUCUUCCCUGGCACUACUACACUUGAAGAAGGUAUGAAAAUGUUCAAGAAGUUGUGUGAUGUUGAUCAAGAGAAGAAGAGCAAUGGUGUUGUUGCAAUCCAUCUUAGUAAAUCAGUUUCUCAGCCUUGUGUAGCUUUGUCUCACAUACUCUCUGGCUUGAGUUACACAGGUGUGCAAAGCCUUCUGGGUCUUUCUCACACCGUUGGAUCCAUUUCUCAUGCUCUGCCUCCUCCAAGAUCAGUUCUACUCUCUUCCUUUAUGCUUCCGUAUAAACCAAAGGUAAAAGGUUGUAGACUGAGCCAUGGAGCCAGAGCAUUAUCCAAGCAUGUUGAUCGAAGUAGUGAUGGAUUCUGGGGUGUUCUUUCUGGAUCCGAUUCAGAUAAGAAUAAGCAUGCAAUGGACAUUAUCAAUAGCUUCAUCGGCCAGUGUUGUUGGAUGAACAUACAUAUAGUUCCACCACACGGGGAAGUGUUCGAGAUUAGAGUAGCUCAAGGAUAUGGAGCACGUUGGUCUCCAGAUGGAACCAAAUUCAUUGGAUUUCUUGAGCCUUACAGUGAAGAUGGCCACUCCAUGGCCUGGAAGCAUUAGACCCUCACCUGUAGAUGUAUCUGUUUUCUUUCAAUCAAAUGUAAUGUCAUCUGGUCAUUUUUUUUAGUGCAAGUAAAAGUUUGGGUAAGAAAGUAGUAAAAACAAAACUAAAAGGACCUAAAUGCAAGAAACAUCGUCAAACUCUGUAAAACUGUAACAUGAACUUUCCGAUACAUGUUUGGGCCGAAGCCCAUUAUGAAGAUUGUUUGAAA